CCGGACACCGCCCACCCCAACCUCCUUUUAUCCCCGGACCGGAAAAGCGUCCGUUUUAUCGAGAGCCGACAGCGCCACCUGGCGGCCAGCAACCGCCGCUUCACCACCUACCCGUGCGUGCUGGGCGCGCAGGGCUUCACUUCGGGCCGCCAUUACUGGGAGGUGGAGGUGGGCCAAAAAACCCACUGGGCCCUGGGGGUCUGCGGGGACUCGGUGUGCCGCAACGGGGAGCCCACGGCGCUGCCCGAGAGCGGAUUUUGGAGGGUCAGGCUUUGGAACGGAGAUCGCUACGCGGCCACCACCACCCCGUUCACCCCCAUCAGCCCCAGGGUGAAACCCACCAGGGUGGGGGUCUUCGUGGACUACGAGGCGGGGGAGGUUUCCUUCUACAACGUCACCGACCGCUCCCACCUCUACACCUUCACCGAGACCUUCACCGAGAAAAUAUGGCCGCUCUUCUACCCGGGCAUCCGCGCGGGGCGCCGCAACGCCGCCCCCCUCAGCAUCUGCGAGCCCACGGACUGGGAGUGAGGGGGGCGGGGGGCAUCGACCUGGGACCCCGGUGGGGCUGGGGUCUCUGUCAGCCCAGUGUGGGACCCCAUUGGGGUGGGGUCUCUAUCAGCCCAGUGUGGGACCCCAGUGGGGUCGGGGUCUCUGUCAGCCCAGUGUGGGACCCCAUUGGGGUCGGGGUCUCUGUCAGCCCAGUGUGGGACCCCAUUGGGGUCGGGGUCUCUGUCAGCCCAGUGUGGGACCCCAGUGGGGUUGGGGUCUCUGUCAGCCCAGUGUGGGACCCCAGUGGGGUUGGGGUCUCUGUCAGCCCAGUGUGGGACCCCAUUGGGGUCGGGGUCUUC